AUGGGUUGGCUUGCAGUCUCUGUGGUCUCUGUUUUGCUUGUGUCGUGCACAUCGUAAGUUGCAGUGUCAAUACUUCUAUACAUAUAUGCUCAUUCAAGCUUCUUCUUGCCGGAAACCAACUCACAAGAUGACGGAGAACUGUGGGUCGUCAUUGUGGUCGGUGGGAAAGGCAUCGACAACUACAGUGAACAUGCGAAUGCAUGUCACGCCUACCACAUCCUGAGGGACCGUGGGAUUAAGGACGAGCGGAUUAUAUUGCUCAUGCGCGAUGACGUUGCGAAUAGUAACGAGUAAGUGUUCAUGAUUGCAAUGCAGUCGCACGAGAAAUCCAAUGAAACCUGUCCAUUGCCAGAAACUGGGCCUAGAGCGAGAUGAGUGAAGCCCCUAUUCUACAGAUGCACAAAAAGUUACUUACGUUUGCUGAAAAAUCGUUAGGGGACAUUCGAAUUGUAACUCACCUCUCUUGCUCUAUUUGGAAACAACCGGGACAGACCAUAGCGAAAAACUUCCUUUUUCUGGCCCGGCGCUUCGCAGCUUGCGCCCUGUUUUCACUGCACACUGCCUAACCUGCCUAGAGGUGGCAAUCGGGCCGGGCCGAUUUUUGCGGCCCGGCCCGGCGGUCGAAGCGGCCAGGCCGGCCCGGGGCUUUUUCAAAUCUGCACAGGCCCGAUUGCCAUCUUUAAACCUGCCCAAGCCUGAGGCUCAGCCUAAGCCUGAUAUUCCUUGCAGCCGGAAUUGUUCGGGCGCAAACUGCAAAACCUUCUUUUCGCCGGGGCCAGAAAAAGGAAGUUUGACCGACAAUAGUGUCUUUAUUUCGCACACACAUCAAAAUUUAUGCAAAUUCCUAGGAAAUCCUCACCGAAGGUUUCGUUAUAUGAAGCUAACUGUAGCCUCAAAUCGACUCUAUAGAGCUCUGCAAUUUGUACGAUAAGGACAGGUUUUGUUGCACUGAACUUUGUUGUACAGAGGCUUGACUGUAUUUUUCCUUUCUUAACACAAGAUGUUUUUAGCAAUCCGUUCAAGGGAAAGCUGUUCAAUCAUCCAAGCCUGAGCCAUGACGUCUACAAAGGCUGCACGAUCGACUACAACGGCAGCAAUGUGACACCCGAAACGUUUAAGAAUGUGUUGAUCGGGAACAACACUGGUGAUGGGCCGGUCCUGGAGUCUACGGAGAAGGAUCGGUUGUUCAUCUACUUCACCGACCACGGCGGACCCGAUGUCCUUUUGUUUCCCGACGCGUAUGUGCUGCCCAAAGGGCAGUAUUUUUCUUCUGCAGACUUGGACGAGUCCUUGCGAAUAAUGACAGAGAAAAAGAUGUAUAAGGAGAUUCUCUUCUACAUCGAAGCCUGCGAGUCCGGCAGUGUUACCGAAAACGUAAUCCCUAAAUAUCCCAACGUUCUGGCGAUUACCGCAUCCUCCCCUACUGAAGAUGCGGCGAUGGCGUAUUGCAGUUACUAUUCCGGUAACCACAUCUGCCUUGGUGGUGAGUUUUCGGUGGCAUGGUUGGAGUAUGACGACGCCAACAACACGAAUACUCAUACGCUUCAGGAUCAGUUUGAGGUGAUAAAAGCGGGCACCAAGCACAGUCACGCCAGCAUUUACGGAGAUCGCAAGCUGCUGAACAGAAAGAUCAGCGACUUCCAAGGAGUGCAAAAGCAGAUUCGCCCUCAAAUUGUGAGUGUAGAAUUAUGCUCGGUUUGUUUCAGUCCGUCGGAAAAAUAGUACUUUUUUCACACCUGUUAAUUGCCCCGCGCUUUGCCACGCCAUGUCGAAGAUUUGGCGCGUGGCUGAGAGACAUUUGCUGUGACAAAUCCAUAUUAUUUUCCCGACGAACUGUUACAGUGGAGCAUUUGUGCAACAAGAUCCCGAAACCUCUGUAUAAGGAGCGAUUUCAGAGGUCCAAGGAGAAAUUUUUGGGCCAAGGUUAUUCCGUAUAAAAAACCCUUCUAUAACAAACCUUUUUUUGUUACCUUGCGAUUCGCUGCGCAGAGGUUCUACUGUACGGACCUGAUCCAGUGGCAAAAACGUAGCAUUUCGCAUCCGGGAAGUACCAAAAAUGUAGCAAAAUGCCUCCCUCUCCAACUAAAAAACUCCGUUUUAAAGCGCUUCCUCACGAAAAGAGCAGGCGCGCCUUUGAAAUCGGGGCUUUUGGCUUGAAGAUGAAGGUAUUUUGCUGCGUUGGCAAUACUUGCCGGAGGCAAAAUGGUACGUUUUUUGUCACUGUGUGCAGUCCCCACUGUAUCUACCAUGCUUUUUUGCGCUAUUACUGCAACAAAAUGUAUCUCCGUAUAACAAAACUCUUCUAUAACAAACAUAUAAUUUUUUUUGCUCCCUUGCGAUUUGCUGCGCAGAGGUUCCACUGUAUCUACCAUACUCUUUUGUGCUACUAGUAUAUAUUACUAGCUGUAAACAUCAGCAUUUCAGACGACAAAAAACUACGAAUACGAGUCAAUCCCAAUAAGACAGGUGCCAAUAUGGCGCAGAGAGAAACAACUUCAGAGAGCUGUUGCCAAUAGAAAUGAAGAAGAGAUUGCUCGUCUGCAGAUGGAGUUGUUGGAAUUGAAGGAGUCGCUCAAAAAGCCCGGUCAUUCAACGGAUUGA